CGUGCUGUGACAGUAGCUGGGGUGAGGCCGUCGUCGCCGCACGGGCGUUUUGGGGCUGUGUCUGUGGGAGGCGCCGGGGUGAUGGCGGUGGAGACUCUGUCCCCGGACUGGGAGUUUGACCGCGUUGACGACGGCUCGCAGAAAAUUCACGCCGAAGUCCAACUUAAGAAUUAUGGGAAAUUUCUUGAGGAGUAUACAUCUCAACUGAGAAGAAUUGAGGACGCUCUGGAUGACUCAAUUGGAGAUGUUUGGGAUUUCAAUCUUGAUCCUAUAGCAUUAAAGCUUUUGCCUUAUGAACAGUCUUCUCUUUUGGAACUCAUAAAGACUGAAAACAAGGUCUUAAACAAAGUCAUCACUGUUUAUGCUGCACUUUGUUGUGAAAUCAAGAAAUUAAAAUAUGAGGCUGAAACUAAAUUUUACAAUGGUCUCUUGUUUUAUGGAGAAGGAGCUACAAAUGCCAGCAUGGUGGAAGGUGAUUGCCAAAUUCAAAUGGGGAGAUUUAUUUCAUUCUUACAGGAACUGUCUUGUUUUGUUACGAGGUGCUAUGAAGUGGUGAUGAACGUAGUCCACCAGUUGGCUGCCCUCUAUAUCAGUAACAAGAUUGCACCCAAAAUUAUAGAGACAACUGGAGUUCAUUUUCAGACUAUGUAUGAGCACUUGGGAGAACUGCUAACAGUUUUGCUCACCCUGGAUGAAAUUAUUGAUAAUCAUAUCACACUGAAAGACCACUGGACUAUGUACAAAAGGUUACUGAAAUCCGUCCAUCACAAUCCUUCAAAAUUUGGAAUUCAAGAAGAAAAACUAAAGCCAUUUGAAAAGUUCUUGCUGAAGCUAGAAGGGCAAUUACUGGAUGGAAUGAUAUUCCAGGCCUGUAUAGAACAACAAUUUGAUUCUCUCAAUGGAGGAGUAUCUGUGUCAAAAAAUAGCACUUUUGCUGAGGAAUUUGCACAUAGUAUUCGGUCAAUUUUUGCAAAUGUAGAAGCCAAGCUUGGAGAACCUUCUGAAAUUGACCAGAGAGACAAAUAUGUUGGAAUUUGUGGACUCUUUGUAUUGCACUUUCAGAUUUUUCGAACUAUUGAUAAAAAGUUUUAUAAGUCUUUAUUGGACAUUUGUAAGAAGGUACCAGCCAUCACUCUAACUGCUAAUAUUAUUUGGUUUCCUGAUAGUUUUCUGAUACAGAAAAUACCAGCAGCUGCCAAACUUCUAGACAGAAAAAGUCUUCAAGCCAUUAAAAUACACAGGGAUACUUUUCUACAACAGAAAGCUCAAUCACUUACCAAAGAUGUACAGUCUUACUACGUCUUUGUGAGCUCGUGGAUGAUGAAAAUGGAAUCUAUUUUAUCUAAAGAGCAGAGAAUGGAUAAAUUUGCUGAAGAUCUCACCAACAGAUGUAAUGUUUUUAUACAGGUAGGCUUCUUGUAUGCUUAUAGUAUUAGUACCAUUAUUAAAACCACAAUGAAUCUCUACAUGUCCAUGCAAAAGCCAAUGACCAAAACCUCAGUUAAGGCAUUAUGCAGGCUUGUUGAACUUCUCAAGGCAAUAGAGCAUAUGUUCUACAGGAGAAGCAUGGUUGUGGCUGAUUCAGUUUCACAUAUAACACAGCACCUUCAACAUCAGGCUCUUCAUUCUAUUUCUGUGGCCAAGAAAAGAGUGAUUUCUGACAAAAAAUACAGCGAACAGCGUCUUGAUGUGCUCUCUGCUCUAGUUUUGGCUGAAAACACUCUAAAUGGACCAAGCACAAAGCAACGGCGACUUAUUGUUUCUUUGGCACUAAGUGUUGGCACACAAAUGAAAACAUUUAAAGACGAAGAACUCUUUCCACUUCAAGUAGUCAUGAAAAAACUGGAUCUUAUUAGUGAACUUAGAGAACGAGUCCAAACACAAUGUGACUGUUGUUUUUUAUACUGGCAUCGAGCUGUCUUCCCAAUUUAUUUAGAUGAUGUGUAUGAAAAUGCUGUUGAUGCAGCCAGAUUACAUUACAUGUUCAGUGCUUUGCGCGACUGUGUACCUGCUAUGAUGCAUGCAAGGCAUUUAGAGUCCUAUGAGAUACUUCUGGAUUGCUAUGACAAGGAAAUUAUGGAAAUUUUAAAUGAGCAUUUACUGGACAAAUUAUGCAAAGAAAUAGAGAAAGAUCUGCGACUUUCUGUGCAUACUCAUUUAAAACUGGAUGACCGAAACCCUUUCAAAGUUGGCAUGAAAGACCUGGCUCUUUUUUUCUCUCUGAAUCCAAUUCGGUUUUUCAAUCGUUUCAUUGACAUUCGGGCUUAUGUAACUCACUACCUAGACAAGACUUUCUACAAUCUAACAACAGUAGCCCUUCAUGACUGGGCCACUUAUAGUGAGAUGAGAAACUUAGCUACUCAGCGUUAUGGACUGGUUAUGACAGAGGCACAUCUUCCCAGUCAGACUUUGGAACAGGGCCUUGAUGUUUUAGAAAUUAUGAGAAACAUUCAUAUAUUUGUGUCCCGAUACCUCUAUAAUCUCAACAAUCAGAUUUUUAUUGAACGAACAAGCAAUAACAAGCAUUUGAAUACUAUUAAUAUUCGGCAUAUUGCUAAUUCAAUUCGAACACAUGGCACGGGAAUUAUGAAUACAACCGUUAAUUUCACCUACCAGUUUUUGAAAAAGAAGUUCUAUAUAUUUAGCCAAUUUAUGUAUGAUGAACACAUCAAAUCCAGAUUGAUUAAAGAUAUUCGAUUUUUCAGGGAAAUUAAGGACCAAAAUGAUCAUAAGUAUCCUUUUGAUAGAGCAGAAAAAUUCAAUCGAGGCAUCAGAAAACUUGGAAUAACACCUGAGGGACAGAGCUACCUUGAUCAAUUCAGACAACUCAUCAGCCAAAUUGGUAAUGCUAUGGGCUAUGUACGAAUGAUAAGAUCUGGUGGUCUUCAUUGUAGCAGCAAUGCCAUUAGAUUUGUUCCUGAUCUUGAAGAUAUUGUAAAUUUUGAAGAACUGGUAAAAGAAGAAGGUCUUGCAGAAGAAACGUUAAAAGCAGCAAGGCAUUUGGAUUCAGUCCUCAGUGAUCACACACGAAAUUCUGCUGAAGGCACAGAAUAUUUCAAAAUGCUUGUAGAUGUUUUUGCUCCAGAAUUUCGAAGGCCAAAGAAUAUACAUCUCCGAAAUUUCUAUAUAAUUGUUCCCCCUCUGACCCUGAACUUUGUAGAACAUUCCAUUAGUUGCAAGGAAAAACUAAAUAAAAAAAAUAAAAUUGGAGCUGCCUUUACUGAUGAUGGCUUUGCCAUGGGUGUGGCUUACAUUCUAAAGCUUUUGGAUCAGUACCGGGAGUUUGACUCACUUCACUGGUUCCAGUCUGUUAGAGAGAAAUACCUGAAGGAGAUCAGAGCAGUUGCUAAGCAACAGAAUGUGCAGUCGGCCAGUCAAGAUGAAAAACUCUUACAAACCAUGAAUCUCACUCAAAAGCGACUGGAUGUCUAUCUACAGGAAUUUGAAUUGCUAUAUUUCUCACUGAGCAGUGCAAGAAUUUUCUUCAGAGCAGACAAGACUGCGGCUGAAGAAAACCAAGAAAAGAAAGAGAAGGAAGAAGAAACUAAAACAAGCAACGGAGACCUGUCCGACAGCGCUGCGUCUGCUGAUCCUGUUGUGAAAUGAUACCGAUGGUAUUCACUGCACAUAUGAUGAAAUCGUCAGAAUUGUUAAAACAGUGGAAUGGAUAAACUAUUGAUGAAUUGUUUCCUUGGUCACAUCUCUGGAAAAUAGAUGUUACAACUCUUAAAGGCAGUGCUUUAAAGUGAAGUCCUUUCUGUUUCCAAAGGCUCUACUUUCAAAGGUUGAGAAUGAGAUUUUAAAAUUGGAUUUUUGCCUGGACUUGAGGGUAGAAGAUGUUUCUAUUUGAUGUGAAGUUAUAAAAGGGCAAAUCCAGAUUCAUAAACUAUCACCUCGGAUUUCUUGUAAUCUCCAUGUUUGUAAUUUGUAUUUGCAUAGAUCUUUGAUCUGUAGUUAUUUCAAGUCAUGGGAAAUUCAAUGCAUAUACUAUAUACAGCCAGUAAAUACAUACUUAACAAAAGGAAUGAGCCUGAAAUUCAUGAAGAAUACAUAUCAAUAUUCUCAUAAAAGGAAUAUAUGAAGAUGGCUUUGAUACUAGAGGUGAGGCACAAGUGUUUUAUGUACUCUCACUGUACAGUAUAACUGAUGAUCAUUCUUUCAUUGUUAAUUUCAUGUGACUCACAAGAGCUGCUGAUGUCUUUGAUGAGACAUUUUAUAACUAGUUUACAUUGCUUUGAGAACAUUUAACCUCCAACAGCUGCUUUAAAUUUAAGAUUUACUUAGUACUCAGAAAAUUCAGAUAAAGCCAUAGAGUCCUGUUUGAAGUUUCACUUCUAUUUUGGUUGAAGGCAUGAUGUAUGAUGUCAGAAAAAAAAUUGAAUGAAUUAUUUCUACAUCCAAACUCAGGUUUCUUCUACAUUAGAUUGAAUUGAAAUUUUGGUGAUGGUUUGGGUAGACUUUUUUUUUUAUAUCAAGUAUAAUUUAAGACAACAGAUUAAUAAUUACACUGUUCAGGCUUUUAAAAAAAAUACCACUGUGAGAAUAAACAGCCAGUAAGAUACAUCACUUACUGAUUUUAAAAGUACAGAAAGAUUUGAGUAAAUUUCGUACCCAGCAAGUGUUAGUUUUAUUUUUUGUAAAGGUAUGUAAGUUAUUAGUUAAAUGGUUAAUCAUGGCCUUUUAAAAAUAUAAUAAAGUGAUACCUUUACAAUGAAGACAAAAGUUUAAAACUUUCUAAUACAAACAUCAUUUUGGGAAAUGCUUGAUUUUUUUCUAUUGCAUUUGUCUGCGAAACAUUUCUUUGGAUAAAUCCUGCAAAUGCUUCUAACGUUAUUCUUUGAUUCCAGCUUUUAGAAUGGAUGUACAAUGCCCUGUUUGUACUUACUGGUUAGGGUCAGGGUAACUUGCCAGCCCAGGAUAAAUACUUUAAUUGUUAAAAGUCAGAAGAGACAGAAUAUGUAGGAAAUGUUUUUUGUUUAUUAUGUAAACAUGGCUUACAGAAUUAUGAACAGUGGAUAGAUUAAAGGCAUUUAAUAUUUGUAAUCCAUAAUAACUGUAGAAAUGGCCCUAAAGCAUGCUGCAUACUUAAUAAUUUAUAUUUUCAUUAUUAUAAGUUUAUAUUAAUGAUCUUGCAUUUGAUUAUAUCAAAUUCGUCAUCAUUUUAUAGCAACAGUAUUGUUUUCUCUGUUUUUCUUCUCUAACUUCUCUGAAAUCAUCUCCUAUUAAGGGAUAGAAAUUGUUACUAGAAGAGAAUCACAUGUUCUCUGGUCAUUAUCCCUACACGUGUAAAUUAAUUAUUUUAUCAAUACUAGAUAGAGUUCACAUGCUGACUCCCUGGAUACCUACAAUUAAGAAGAAAAUGACAGACAACUAUUUCUCCUUUAGGUUAAAAUAAUGUCACUGCAAUCUGGAUAAAUUAUAAGUUAACGUAUUUGAAAUAAGAUCUUGGAAACAAGAAUUUAAAUGGUGUCAAACUGCAGAGCAACAGGGCUUCAGUAUAUUCACACCUAAUACGUUCAUAUGUACAUUUCGAUGAUGGUUUUUCUUGAUAACAUAUUAACAUUGAUUUUAUUUUUUCAGACAUACUGUUAAUUUAAAAAUAAAUGUGAGCGUUUGUUUUAAGUUCACAGAAAACUUAAUGAUAAUUCAGAUUCUCAGGAAUUAAGGACUAACCAUAACAUUGUCAGUUCUAAUUACAUUUUGUAAAAGAUGGCAAGUUUGUUACCUCACUUGAGUGGGGUUUCCCUCUUCCCCCAAUUCUAAGAGAAUAUAAUGUGUAUACUAAAACAUUAAUAAACAUAAUUUUGAAAAUUUC